AUGAACAAGGUCGUUGAAGGUGAUGUGUACUUCCAGCAGCGUAGGGAUGCAGCUGGAAGGUUAGGUUUAUCACCUCUGCAAAAAUGUACAGCGGCGAUAAGAAUGUUAGGCUACGGCAUGGCUGCGGACGCCGUGGAUGAAUACGUUCGGAUCAGUGAGUCAACCGCUCGAGUUGCCCUUCAACGUUUUUGUACCGGUGUCAUUGAGCAGUUCGGAACCGAGUACAUGCGAAACCCUACAACUGAUGAAUUGGCCAGAAUACUGCAUCAAAAUGAAUUGCGCGGUUUUCCAGGCAUGAUAGGCAGCAUUGAUUGCAUGCAUUGGGAAUGGAAGAACUGUCCAACGGCAUGGAAAACGCAGUACGCCGGUAGGAACAAGAAAGCAACGCUAAUACUGGAAGCCGUUGCAGAUCAGGAUUUAUGGAUAUGGCAUUCCUUCUUUGGGAUCCCUGGAUCUUGUAAUGACCUAAAUGUCUUAUACCGUUCCCCAGUGUUCGAUGAGGUUCUGCAUGGUCGAGCUCCUCCGGUAAAUUUUUACCGUUAA